UCCAGAAAUUUUAAAGUAAACGUUUGUAUGCGCAUCAGGAGAGUCGUCGGUGAAAGUUUGGUUUUGAGCCAUUGAAUGCUGACAUGCAGAAACACAGGUACCGGCUUUCAAAGUGGUGGCGGAAGAGGAAUUGCUCUGUCUUCUAUUGAAUGAGACCCUUUCAAGUAUGGAGAUUUGUUUACCCUAUGUGCCUGUAGAGAGCCUGGACCUGAUCAGGCUUUGGUACCACUCCUCCUCCCUCCUCAUCAUCAUUCUCCUUGCCUCUCUGCAGCCUGACAUCAGAGGAGUUAGCAGCUGGGAGGGGCUGGAUGGCACUGUCCCUUUUCGGACUCUCUGUAGGCUCCUGAAAAAGACAGAGAAGGAAGAGGAGACCAGAGUCAGAGAGAAGUCCCUUAAAACACCCGCAGCACUUUUCAAGAUGGCGACCAACAGGGAGCACCAAGUCCAACACAUGACCGGCUUCCCCCGUGCCAUGUACCCAUUCACCUUUAACUCAAUGCGGAGUCACUCCCCCUUUGAUCUGCUGGCCAGUAGUCACCUAUUUGGCCGGUUUGGGGCAGACCUUCCUAAAGAAAUGGCUGCAUUGUCUGUGGAGACACAGAGCACCAGCUCAGAGGAGAUGGUGCCCAGUUCUCCCUCCCCUCCUCCCCCUCCUCGGGUCUACAAACCGUGCUUUGUGUGCCAGGACAAGUCAUCUGGUUAUCACUAUGGAGUGAGCUCCUGUGAGGGCUGCAAGGGUUUCUUUCGUCGCAGUAUCCAGAAGAAUAUGGUGUACACCUGCCACCGAGAAAAGAACUGUCAGAUCAACAAAGUGACACGUAAUCGCUGCCAGUACUGCCGGCUGCAGAAAUGCUUUGAGGUCGGCAUGUCCAAAGAAGCGGUGCGUAACGACAGGAACAAAAAGAAAAAGGAUGUGAAGGAGGAGGUGGUGCUACCAGAGAACUAUGAGCUGAGUGGAGAGCUGGAGGAGCUGGUAAAUAAAGUCAGCAAAGCUCACCAAGAGACUUUUCCAUCGCUGUGCCAACUUGGAAAAUAUACCACAAAUUCAAGUGCGGACCACAGAGUACAGCUGGACUUGGGCCUGUGGGAUAAGUUCAGUGAGCUGUCCACUAAGUGCAUUAUAAAGAUAGUGGAGUUUGCAAAGCGGCUACCAGGCUUCACCACUCUCACCAUUGCUGACCAGAUCACCCUCCUCAAAUCUGCAUGUCUGGACAUCCUGAUGCUGAGGAUAUGCACUCGCUACACACCUGAACAGGACACCAUGACCUUCUCAGACGGCUUGACUCUCAACAGAACACAGAUGCAUAACGCAGGUUUCGGCCCUCUCACAGACUUGGUGUUUGCCUUUGCUGGCCAGCUGCUGCCUUUGGAGAUGGACGACACAGAGACAGGCCUACUCAGUGCCAUCUGCCUUAUCUGUGGAGACCGUAUGGAUCUGGAGGAGCCGCAGAAGGUAGACAAGCUGCAGGAGCCGCUACUAGAGGCUCUGAAGAUCUACACCCGCCGCAGACGUCCCAACAAGCCUCACAUGUUUCCCCGCAUGCUGAUGAAAGUCACAGACCUUCGAGGAAUCAGCACCAAAGGUGCAGAAAGAGCCAUCACGUUGAAGACUGAGAUCCCCGGUCCCAUGCCUCCACUCAUCAGGGAGAUGCUGGAAAAUCCAGAGGCAUACGAGGACAGCAGCGACUCAGGGGACAGCACCGCGGCAGCUCCCCCCGCCAUUCAAGCAAUCAAACAAGAGGAGAAGACCGCGUACGAGUCGCCCGCUGAGGAGGAAGAGGAGGAGGAAGAGGACGACUACUGGGACGAGGAGAAGGAGAGGGGGGCGGACAGUGACGGCGAGGCAUGGGGGGAGGCAGCAGCCGCAGGGCAGAAGAAAGGUGUGACUGGAAAACCGCAGUGAGACAGACUCCAUGAUGCUGCUUCUUUGUCACCCAAAAAUAUCUCCUUUAUGAACCCAGCUGUUUUACAACAUGUUUUUACAUAUCCUGUAUGUUAGGACUGAAUGACAAUGUGUUGAAUUCAGCAUAGGAGGCAAAUAAACGGGAGAAAAAAGCACUAAAAGUUAGUGGGUUGAGGAGAGCACCAUGAGAAAUCACUGUGCCAAAAUGAGACUAUAAGAGAUAUUUCAAAGUGUUUCAUCCACACAAAGAGGAACAAUAUGUGAUGGAUGGACGAAGAUGCACUCCUCUGCUUUAUAUAAGGGCUAUGCUUUGUAUAAAAUUGAUGGUAAAUAUACAUUGCUGCAACAGAACUCCAUGUGAUGCCCAUUUGCCACAAAUGUCUUUGGCAGAACUCCUUUUAUUACUAUUCAGAGAUAUGCUACUUAUUUUUUUUAAUGUAUGUUUUUUUCUAAGCAUGUACACAUUUCUUUUCUCUCUGUGAGCCUUUUUGUAGGACUGUGUAGCUUUUUGUGUAUUUUUCACUAAGUCCUUUUCAUCGUUUUACUGGACAUAUGAGUUUGUUUUUUUAAGUGUGUCUUUAAUGUAUGCGUUUCUGCUUUAUUGGAAAAAAAGAAGCAAUAGUUAAAACAGCAAUAGCAAAGUGACGCCAGGUCAUGAGCAGGACUCAAACUCACAAUUGACCAGCAUGUGUUGUAAAGGUCAGGAAGUUAACUUUAGUAUUAGCUCUGGUGCUUGUGAUCCAAAUAAGAAUGCAAAAGAGAUGAAGUGACAUAUCUCCACCUCUCAACAAAGACUACCAAAAAAAUACCAAGACUAAAGAAUCUGCAGGGUAGAUUUAAUGCCACAGUCUCAGGUUGAUUGUCAAUACAGUAUUUUGAAAAUUAACAGUGUCUGCUCCAAUGGACACCCCUAAACUUUAACAAAAAAUGUCUUUACAGCAAGAGUUGUGGAUUAUUUUACAUUUUUGACCAUAUUGUACAUGCCGUUGGUACAGUGACGAGGUACUGGAAAGCCAUAGUAUUUUCAUUUUGAAAGCAAAGAAUCAUCCAAACUUAAAGCAGUUUACUUCACGUGAAACCUCAGGUGUGUAUGUUUGUGUGUGUGUGUAAAUAUGUGAGCAUUUAGCAUUAGACAGAGUGAUGUAAUUUUGGUUUUUAAUGUCAUUACUGCCAUAACACAGUGAGCCUUCAUGCAGGAGUGGCUCUCUCUUAAAAUGCACAUAAAAUGGUUUAUGUAGCAAAAAACAGUCACAUUUUCAUUGCACACACAAAGGUGGAGACACUGACGCCGAUGUCAGAUGACCAAGAAUGAGAUUGCAACCGUCCAAAAUAAUCGACAACAAAACAAAAGCUUACAUAGGAUGGCUGCUCUCCUGGUGUGUAUUCAUUGAGUCAUGCAAACAUAGAUUUUUGUAAAAUAAACACUUUAAUUUGUUUAUUUGUUGAAAUUAUGCAGCUUUUUUACAUGUCAGAUUUAUCAAUUUUUUAGACAAUGAGACUCAGUGAGCUCAUCUAUCAUUGGAAGGGAAAAGAUUUUUCCAUCAGCAGGUUGUCUAAACAGCAGGGAACAGCAGCAUCAACAGGGCUACGUCAUAUUUAUCUUGUCACAUUAAGGUGAGCUUCAGUGAUGAAGCUGAAUUAAGGUGAUUCACUCCCUGAAUGAAGCAAAAAGGAUGAAAAUACAAGCUGACCAUGAAAAAGUUUGAUAAAUCUAAAACACCUAAAAAUGAGGAAAAAUAUGGAUUUUUGGGUCUCAUAGGCUAUUUUUAAUAUUGUUAAAUAGUAAUAUUUGGUAUAGCAUAGGAACUCAUUAACAGAGGGAGAGGACGGUUAUCUUCAGAGUUUCUUUUCCACCAUCAAACACAACAGACACACACAGGGAGUAUUUUGCACAGUCAGCUAACUCUGUUUUCCUGUGAUAACAAUUCUAUUUUAAUCACUUUAUCUAGAUCUUGGGAAAUUAGGUCAUUAUCAUGGGACACCCAGGAAAAAGAUGAGAUAAAAUCAAGAUCUUGAUAAAAUCAUUAAAAUGUCAUCAUUGUCACUGGAAAAUAGUCAUCAAAUUUGUGGAUGAUAUAUGUCCUCUAUACGAUACUAUUUAGUAUAAGAUAUAAUUUCUACUUCUUAUAACCAUAAUAUUUCAUUAAAAAAUGUUUUUUUCUGAUUUCUUGACUUGAGUUGGUGCAAUAGAAAAGCCAUGAUGGAGGUCUCGGGCCUCAGCUCUGUGUGGAAGCAUGUGAGGACAAAUAAAAGAGACCAAAGACAGAUUACAAAGUCACAUUCAGACAAACAAAGCAUAAUCUGCUAACACAAGUUCAUCGAUGUGAAAUAUAUUAACUUUGUAUUAUGGGAGAUUUCUUGAUCUCGUUACCUUUGAAGCUGGAACCAUUGUAUCUCUGUUGAAUUUUGUUGUUUUUGACUUUUUAUAUUUACAGUGUUCGUCGUUUUCAAAUACCUUCAUGUUCAGGGAUUCGGACACCUCAUAAGUUUUAUUUCAGUUGUACCAAAAGUGCUCCAAUGCACUCAUACACACGUGUUAGAACAAAGUCUGGGCUGAUAUAUUUGUUACAUUUUCUUUUGUCGUUCAUUGUUUGCUGUUUUGUAUACGUUGUUGUCUUUCUUGUAUUUUGAUAAAGGCGCUUUUUGUCCUCUGA